UUCACAUCAAGUGAUAACCAUCAAUCUGAGUAGAUGGCUUCUUGCAUGUUUAAUUCAUUCUCAAUUUGCAGUUUUCCUGUACAAUCAAAAUGGAAACACUUCUCAUAUCAUGGGUCAAGCUUCCGUAGGUUAAAUGUUUCUUUUGCCUCACGAUGUGAAGCUACAAACAAAAUUUCUGUUGAAGACAAUAUCGUAAUUAGACGAUCGGCUGAUUACCAUCCUCCUAUUUGGGAGUAUGAUUAUGUUCAGUCACUUAGAAACGACUUUGUUCAGGAUGAAUCAUACAAGGAACGAUCAAGCAAACUAAAGGAAGAUGUGAGGAUGAUGUUUGAAAAUGUGGUGGAUCCUUUGGAGAAACUUGAGCUUAUUGAUACAAUACAAAGACUUGGGUUAUCCUAUCACUUUGGAGAUGGAAUAAAGAAAACUUUGAAGAAUAUAAGUAUUGAUCGUAGCAGUACUGUUGCAUCGAACAAAGACAAUUUAUAUGCUACAGCCCUUGAAUUUAGAUUGCUAAGACAACACGGGUAUAAAGUGAAUCAAGAUGUUUUCGCUUGUUUCAUGGAUGAAGUUGGAGACAUUAAAGCAAGCCAUAAUCAAGAUUGCAAGGGACUACUCAACUUGUAUGAGGCUUCAUACCACUUAUUAGAAGGUGAAACAAUGCUGGAGAAUGCAAGAAAGUUAGCAGCUAAACUUCUCAAACAAUGUCUGAAGGAGAACAAUGACCAUCAAUAUCUUUGGAUGCUUGUGGAACAUGCCUUGGUGCUUCCUUUACAUUGGAGGAUGCCAAGGUUGGAAGCCAGAUGGUUCAUAGAUGUGUAUGAGAAAAAAAAGGACAAAAAUCCCAUUAUUUUAGAGCUUGCUAUAUUGGAUUACAACAUAGUGCAAUCUAUGCACCAGGAUGAUCUUAGAUAUGCUUCAACGUGGUGGAAAGAACUUGGCCUUGGCAAGACCUUGAGCUUUGCUAGAGAUAGGCUAAUGGAAAACUUCUUAUGGAGUGUGGGAAUGAUAAAUACUCCUCAAGAUGGAAAAGGUAGAAGAAUUCAGACAAAGGUCAAUGCGCUAAUAACAGUUAUAGAUGAUGUUUAUGACGUUUAUGGAACCUUAGAUGAGUUGGAACUCUUCACAGAUGUUGUUGAGAGAUGGGAUAUAAAUGAAAUACAAAAGCUUCCAAACUAUAUGAAAAUAUGUUACCAUGCGCUUUACAAUUCCGUAAAUGAAAUGGCUUUCGACACUCUUAAGGAACAAGGGAUAGAUGUCCUUCCCUUCCUCAAGAAAGUGUGGACGAAUCUUUGUAAAUCAUAUUUGUUGGAGGCAAAAUGGUAUUACAUUGGAUAUACGCCAACUCUGCGAGAGUACAUUGAUAAUGCUUGGAUUUCAAUAUCGGGUUCUGUAAUGCUUGGUCAUUCCUAUUUGGCAACUGAUCUUAUAACAGAAGAGGGAUUGCACCACAUCCAGCAAUAUUACCCCGAUAUGAUUUAUUGGUCGUCCAUAGUUGUACGAUUAGCAGAUGAUUUAGGGACAUCGUCGUAUGAGCUUCAAAGAGGUGAUGUUCCUAAAUCAAUUCAAUGUUACAUGAACGAAAGUGGAGCAUCUGAAGAAGAAGCUCGUGACCACAUAAGAAAAUUAAUUGAUGCAACAUGGAAGAAGAUGAAUGAAGACCAAAUGGCUAAAUCUCCUUUCUCUCGUACGUUUAUUGAGGUUGCUAUGAACCUUGCAAGAAUAUCUUUAUUGAUGUACCAAAAUGGCGAUGGUCAUGCUAUUGAAGAUAAAGAAACCAAAGAUAGAGUGUUAUCAUUAUUCGUUAACCCAAUUGCUUUGCCUAAAUAAUUAAGAACAUUGGAAUUAUUUUUCAAACUGGGCGAAUAAAAUGUUAGUUUUUGGUAUAGUGUGCCAAAUCAUUUUAUGAUAUUUUAAUAUGGUGUACAAUAAACUUAUGGUAGUGUAAGGACUACCCUACUACAUGUUUCCUUUUGCUUUAAAUGGUUUCUGCUUCUCCCCUCUA